AUGAAUAGUAUCAGCCAUAGCCCCCCUUGCCAUGGCAAGGAUUUGACUGCUGGAAAUGCUCUUAUGCUUACAAUAAUAAGUAGCAGCAACUUCCCCUGUUUCCAAUCACGAGUCGACCCUCCUCUCAAUCACCUUCACCUCACCCUCCCUCUCAUCUUUCUCUUCCAAUCAUGAAGAACCCAAGCAGGCAGCAAACGUCUUCAUAAGUCCAUUACCAUGAAACCCAUUCUCACUCCUCUGUUCCUUCCCCUGUUUCUGCACAUCAUCGCCAUACACGUGGCCGGUGACACUUCUCCUAUCUACACUCCGGUCGACGAUAUCACCCUUCAAUGUGGCUUUUCCGGCGACCAACUCAAUCCAGACGACACCAGAACUUGGACUGGAGAUAUCAACUCAAAGUUUUCCCCCUUUGAAAACCAAGCAGCUGGCAGCCCCUCCAUAUCCAGACAAGCACCUUCUUCCUCCUCUGUAAGCCAAGUACCUUACCGCACUGUGAGGCUUUCUCGCUCUGAAUUUACAUACAGAUUUCCAGUCACCACCGGCCAAAAGUUCAUCCGUUUGUAUUUCUACCCAGCUUCAUAUGGCCCUGACUUCGACCGAUCCAAAGCCCUCUUCUCAGUCAAAGCCGGUGGCUUCACCCUUCUCAAAGACUUCAACUCUUCAGUCACUGCCGAUGCUUCUGGGUCUGAUACAAUAUACAGAGAAUUCUGCCUCAACGUUGAGUCAGAACAGAGCUUGAACAUCACCUUCAAGCCAAGCAGAGCAACUUCAGAUGCGUAUGCGUUUAUCAACGGAAUUGAAAUUGUGUCCAUGCCCAACAAUCUUUACUACACCUCUGCUCAAAAUUCAGAUGGAGUUAAAUAUAUAGGCAGCGACAACACAUUUCCGAUCGAAAACGGCACUGCGCUGGAGAUGGUGUACCGAUUCAACGUCGGUGGAAGAUCACUGUUUUUCAAUCAGGACACUGGUAUGUACCGAACGCCGCCGCAAAGCCCUAAAAUUUCAAAGAAGAGUUCGACUUCUCUGAUUGCUAUCAUUGCUGGUCUAGUUUCCGGCGUGCUUGUUUUAGGCUCUGUUCUUGGGUUUUUCUUGGUGUUCAGGCGAGGAAGAAAAAACAAGUAUUCGAGCUCCAACCAGGGAAUGAAGUGGGGUCCAUUUUCUUUUCCGGCGACCCACAUAACAUAUGGACCGUCUUAUUUGUGUCGUUACUUUACACUGGCUGAGAUCAAAGCCGCCACUCGAAACUUAGAUGACAGUUUUAUUAUUGGAGUUGGAGGGUUUGGUAACGUGUACAAAGGAUGCAUUGAUGAUGGGGCCACUCUCGUUGCAAUCAAACGGCUAAAAUCUGAGUCAUCACAAGGCGCCCACGAGUUCAAGACGGAAAUCGAGCUGCUCUCUCAGUUCCGCCACCGCUAUUUGGUGUCUCUCAUCGGAUAUUGUAACGACGGCAAUGAGAUGGUCUUGGUGUACGAUUACAUGUCACGUGGGACCCUUGCCAGCCAUCUCUACCACACUGACAACCCCCCUCUUUCUUGGGAUCAGCGUCUCCAAAUUUGUAUCGGCGCUGCAAUAGGGUUGCGCUACCUUCAUAGCGGCACCAAGGGCACCAUCAUCCACCGUGACGUGAAGAGCACAAACAUUUUAUUGAAUGAGAAAUGGAUGGCCAAAAUUUCAGACUUUGGAUUGUCAAAAAUGAGCACAAUCAACACAUCCAAGACCCACAUUAGUACGAUGGUGAAAGGCAGCUUCGGGUAUUUGGACCCCGAAUACUACAAACGUCAACGGCUUACUGAGAAGUCAGACGUGUAUUCAUUUGGUGUAGUGUUGUGUGAGGUAUUGUGUGCAAGGCCGGCUGUGAUGCAUAAUGAGGAGCCAAGGCAAAUGAAUUUGGCUAAGUGGGCCAAGAGCUGUCAUCGCGACGGGGAACUUGAUCAAAUUAUUGAUCCAAGCAUUAGGGGUGAGAUUGAAAUCCAGUCUCUGAAUAAGUUCGUUGAGAUCGCUAUGAGUUGCAUGAAUGACAGUGGAAUCGAACGACCGUCAAUGAAUGACGUUGUGAAGGGACUUGAGCUUGCAUUUCAGCUCCAUCGCAACUGCGUUGAAAGGAGCAAUGAGGUUGCCUUCAACAAUGACAGUGCUGCAGAAAUUAGAAGUGUUGAGCCAGGUUGCGCUACAAAUGAAUCCAUUCAAUGUAUAUCUGAGACGAUCUUUUCUGAGAUCAAUGAUCCAAAUGGGAGAUAAUGGGCAACAUUUUUGAAUUAC